AUGUGUAACAGCAGCUCCAUCACCGAGUUCCUCCUGCUGGCAUUCGCAGACAUGCGGGAGCUGCAGCUCCUGCACUUCGGGCUCUUCCUGGGCAUCUACCUGGCUGCCCUCCUGGGCAACGGCCUCAUCCUCACCGCCAUAGCCUGCGACCACCGCCUCCACACCCCCAUGUACUUCUUCCUCCUCAACCUCGCCCUUAACGACCUGGGCUGCAUCUCCACCACUCUCCCCAAAGCCAUGGCCAAUUUCCUCUGGGACACCAGGGCCAUUUCCUAUGUGGGAUGUGUUGCACAGCUCUUUCUGAUCAUCUUUUUCAAUUUAGCAGAACUUUCUCUUCUCACUGUCAUGUCUUACGACCGCUAUGUUGCCAUCUGCCAGCCCCUGCGCUAUGAGACCCUCCUGGCCACCAGAGCCUGUGCCACCAUGGCAGCAGCUGCCUGGGGCAGUGGCUUUCUCCACGCUGUGCUGCACAUUGCCAAUACAUUUUCACUGCCUCUCUGCUGUGGCAAUUCCCUCAACCAGUUCUUCUGUGAAAUCCCCCAGAUCCUCAAGCUCUCCUGCUCAGACUCCUACCUCAGGGAAGUUCAAGUUCUUGUGGUUACUGCUUCUCUGUUUGGGGGGUGCUUUGUUUUCAUCGCUCUGUCCUAUGUGAUGAUCUUCAGGGCCGUGCUGAGGAUCCCCUCUGAGCAGGGACGGCACAAAGCCUUUUCCACGUGCCUCCCUCACCUGGCUGUGGUCUCCCUCUUUAUGAGCACAGUCAUUUUUGCCCACCUGAAGCCCCCCUCCAUUUCCUCCCCUUCCCUGGAUCUUGUUCUGGCACUUCUGUACUUGGUGCUGCCUCCAGUAGUGAACCCCUUCAUCUACAGCAUGAGGAACCAGGAGAUCAAGGUUGCCGUGUGGAAAGUGAUGACUGGGUGUUUUUCUUAA